GAGCGCGGCCGCCGGAAGUGUGUGGCCGCUGGGGCCAUGGCGGCGCUCGGCGUCGUCUUACUGCUGCUGCUGGGAGCGGUGUCCUGGCCGCCGGCCGCGGCCUCGGGCGAGGAGUUCUGGCCCGGCCAGUCGGCGGCCGACAUCCUGUCGGGGGCGGCGUCCCGCAGACGGUAUCUUCUGUAUGACGUCAACCCCCCCGAGGGCUUCAACCUCCGCAGGGACGUCUACAUCCGCGUCGCCUCCCUGCUGAAGACGCUGCUGAAGACUGAGGAGUGGGUGCUGGUGCUGCCCCCGUGGGGCCGCCUCUAUCACUGGCAGAGCCCCGACAUCCACCAGGUCCGGAUUCCGUGGUCGGACUUCUUUGAUCUUCCAAGUCUGAAUAGAAACAUCCCCGUCCUUGAGUACGAGCAGUUCAUCGCAGAGUCCGGCGGGCCCUUCAUUGACCAGGUGUUGGUCCUGCAAGGCUACGCGGAGGGGUGGAAGGAGGGGGCCUGGGAGGAGAAGGUCGACGAGCGGCCCUGCAUCGACCCGCUGCUCUACGCGCAAGACAAGCACGAGUAUUACAGAGGAUGGUUUUGGGGGUACGAAGAGACGAGAGCCUUAAACGUCUCCUGUUUGUCCGUUCAAGGCUCCGCGUCAGUCAUGGCGCCUGUGCUUUUGAGAAACACGUCAGCGAGGUCGGUGAUGCUGGACAGAGCGGAGAACCUUCUGCACGACCACUACGGCGGGAAGGAGUACUGGGACACCCGGCGGAGCAUGGUGUUCGCCAAGCACCUGCGGGCCGUGGGGGACGAGUUCAGGAGCAAGUACCUGAACUCCACAGACGAAGCCGACCGGAUCCCCUUCCAGGAGGACUGGACCAAGAUGAAGGUCACGCCGGGCGCCUCGCUGGGCGGCCCGUACCUCGCCGUUCACCUGAGGAGGAAGGACUUCAUCUGGGGCCACAGGGAGGACGUGCCCAGCCUGGACGGGGCCGUGAGGAAGAUCCGCAGCCUCAUGAAGACCCACCAGCUGGACACGGUGUUCGUGGCCACGGACGCCGUCAGGAAGGGUACGUGGCCCUGGCUCCGGGCUGGCGCACUUGGCCUCACCCGGGAGGCAGCGCCGGCUUCUACGUCGGGUCCCCCCGCACGUUCCCGCGACCCCAGCGUGUCCGCCCUCCUUCGCUUUGCAGAACACGAGGAGCUGAAGCGGCUGCUGCCCGAGAUGGUGACGUUCGAGCCCACGUGGGAGGAGCUGGAGCUGUACCGCGACGGCGGCGUGGCCAUCAUCGACCAGUGGAUCUGCUCGCACGCCAGGUUCUUCAUCGGAACCUCGGUCUCCACGUUCUCUUUCCGGAUCCACGAGGAGAGGGAGAUCCUAGGGCUCGACCCCCGGACGACGUACAACCGCUUCUGCGGGGACCUGGAGGCGGCGUGCGAGCAGCCCACGCACUGGAGGGUCGCCUACUGAGCCGGCUCCCCGUGGGCCCCGCGGCCUGGACUCGUUUGACACACGGACUCUUGGUCUCUUUCUGACCACGCCAGCCUCGGGGUGGCUCCUGCCCGUCACACCCACCAGGCUGCCAGGCCAGCACUUGCCAGGGUCCCGGAUGCGGCCCUCAGCCACGUGAGCCACGG